UGUAUCAUAAUAUGUUGCUUCAGUGAAAACACCAUUAUUUCUCAGUUUCGUAUUUGAAUUGCCACUCCUUAAUCCUAAAACAGACUUUUCAAAAGCACAAAAUCUCUCCCAAUCCUAGAAAAGUACUGAAAAGCCUUUUCCUGAGUCUGCUGACAGUCCAGGGUUUAGAGUUUCACUGAUUUAAAGUACAUUUUAACUCUUUGCAAUUAACUGGCUGCAAUAUUACAACCACAUAUUGGAAACUAUCAGAGGACAAGCCUUUUUCAUUUUAAGCUAUGAUUCCCCUAAUAUUCAACACUCUUUCACUCAUUGGCUGGUCACUAUUCCAUGAGUAAUUAAUGCCUGAGAUUUCACAGGUAAGAAAUGAAAGAAUAAUCAGAGAGUACAUUCUGCUACAGUAUGUGUGCACAAAUAUGAUUAAGAGUUUGAACAUUCAAAUUAUGGCUAUUUAUGACAUGUAAAAUGUUUUCUUGAAUGUAUACGGAGAAGACUGAAGAAGCCCAAACUAUUGCACAGUGAGCAUGGUAAAGAAACUCUCUACCAGGAGAUGUUACUCUCUGCUCCUAAUUCCUCCAUUUACCUGAUAUAGUCCCACAUGACUUCCUUCCUUGACACUCUAGCCUAACUUUUGAUUAUCUCAUUUCUAUUUAUUUAUUUUCCUUUAACCUGCCCUUUCUGUAUGUGUUCUAACUUCAAAAUUUGACACUUGUAACAUAUUUCCCACAAAAUCACUGAGGGGUAAAAACCUAUCAAUGUGAAAUACCUAUAUUUCUCAAUUCUUCCUUAUUUUCUACCUUCAGAACACUUCAGCGUCUUCUCUACUGAUUGAGUCAAUGGAUGGACCAAAUGACACUGUGGUAUCUGAAUUUGUAUUGAUUGGUCUUUCAAAUUCAUGGGAGAUGCACCUUUUUCUCUUUGGGUUCUUCUCUGUGUUCUACAUGAGAAUUAUCCUGGGAAACCUCUUCAUUGUGUUCACAGUAAUUAUUGACUCUCAUUUACACACCCCCAUGUACUUCCUAUUGGCCAACCUCUCCCUUCUUGAUCUAGGUCUGUCCUCUACCACAGUGCCCAAAACGAUCUCUGAUCUUUUCACUGACUGCAACAUCAUUUCCUUUCCAAAAUGCAUGAUACAGAUAUUUUUUAUUCACGUCAUGGGUGGAGGCGAGAUGGUGCUGCUCAUAGCCAUGGCAUAUGACCGGUACACCGCAAUCUGUAAACCUCUCCACUACCUGACCAUCAUGAGCCCCAAAACGUGUGUCUCCUUUGUAGUGGCUGCCUGGAUAGUGGGGAUAAUCCAUGCUGUAUCUCAGUUUGUUUUUGUCAUAAACUUGCCCUUUUGUGGCCCUAAUGAAGUAGAUAGUUUUUACUGUGAUUUUCCUCGCGUCAUGAAACUUGCUUGUGUAGACACUUACAAGCUAGAGUUUGUAAUCACUGCCAACAGUGGGUUUAUAUCCAUGGCUACUUUCUUCUCCUUAAUUAUAUCCUAUAUCUUCAUUUUGGUCACUGUCUGGAAACGUUCUUCAGGGGACUUGUCCAAAGCAUUUGUCACAUUGUCAGCUCACAUCACUGUAGUGAUUUUGUUUUUUAUGCCAUGCAUGUUUCUCUAUGUGUGGCCUUUCCCUACAUCAUCACUGGAUAAGUAUUUGUUCAUUGCCAACUUCGCUAUCACCCCCCUCUUGAAUCCUGCCAUCUAUACAUUAAGAAACAAAGACAUGAGAGUGGCCAUGAGAAGACUGGGCAAGCAGGUUAUGGAUCCUACUGGUAUCUAAUAAUGAAUGAAGCAGAUCUAGAUA